UUGACACCUUCAACCGUUACCGUCCGGUAGUGUUUACUAAUAUCAUUCGAGUUAUGAUGUUAUGAACAUUCUCUCGUUUCAAAAUGUCAGCGUUUAUCUUGAUUUUAAUAUUUAUCGUGUCGACUUGCGACUCUUUAAGUAUAGGAGUUAAACAAAAUGUAACGAAACGUCAGACAGACGUAAACUUUUUUCCCGAUUGGGUACCAUUUAAGAACAAGCACGGAGAUGAAUUAGGAGAAUUCAUUGACGUUGCCAAAGCUAAGCCAAAAAAGAGAUUGGCACCCCCUGUCAAUUUCGUAAUGAGAGCUGUCGCUGAUUCAGAAAGUGAUGAUUAUUAUGAUAAAGGUACAGGUGGUGGUGACAGUGAUGAUUAUUACGAGAAAAAGGAAUGGUCUGAUCAAAACAGGCCUGGCCAAAAAGUUGGCUCCGUUAAAUUAGAUAAUAAUACUGACAUAUCAGACAUAGAAGGAAUUGUAAAUAUAAUCACGAAACCUAGCGACAGUCCUGUUCUUAAAGCGCUAAACCAGGGCAGAAAACAUUCAAGACGCCAUAACGAUAAACCAAAACGUGAAAACGAAGAAGAAUAUGUAGUCAAAAAGGACUCCGAGGACAGUGUAAAAGAAGUUAAUGAAAAUAAAGAUCCUAUUAUAGAUUUAAAACACGAAAAUGAAGAUAUCGAUUCAGAUUCGCGUUCAAAAAAUGAUGACACAUUGCAAGAAAAAAAUAUAGAAAAAAAUGAAGAAGAUGUCGAAGAUAAAGAUGAAGAUGAUGACAAAGUCGAAAAUGAAGUCAAAAGUAAAAAUGAUAACGAUGAAAAUGAAGAAGUAACUAAAGAAAAUAAAGAAAUUUCAAAGACAAAUGACGACAAUGAUAGUGCUGACUAUGACGAAACCACUACGGAAAACGAAAAAAAUGAGCGUGAAAAAAACGAGGCCGGAAACCAAGAAAAACAACGUGAAAACGACGCUAAAAAAGCAAAGAUACUUAAUAGUGUUGAUGAAUUAAAACAGAGGCAUGCAGAAGAACAGCGUUCAAUAUCAGAGAAAAUCAAAGAAGAAGAAAUGUUUGAAGAAGAAUUAGAGAGAGAAUUAGAAAGAACUGGAACAAAAAGGAAUAGUGAUGAUAAAUAUGCCCACCCUGGUUCAAAUUGGAAAAAAAUUACAAAAGAUUACGAUGAAUUCGAAGAUCGAGAACCAUCGUUUAAAGAUAAAUAUAAAAUAAACAAUAUUAAAACAACUACUACGACAACAACGACUACUACUACUACUCCAACAACUACGUCACGAAAAACAGUAAAACAAAGACAAAAGUCCAAUAAAAUUGAAGGAGAAGGUAAAUUUUCCGUAUUUAGAAAUCCAAAUUUGUAUACAGUGAGUGUUGACGAAGAUUAUUUAGCAACAACUAAAAAGCCGAAAAAGUCAAAGAUACGUAAACCUGAAAGAUUCUCAUCUAGAUAUUCAGCUCAAGGUAAUAGAGAUGAUGAUAAUAUUAGAAUAUCACUAGUUCCUGUAGACGCUGAAUCAAAAGAGGGCGAGCCAACGCUAUUUUUCCCGAAGGUGCGAAAAAACAAGCGUAAAUUUAAAAUAAAGACAACUACACCUGUUCCUGAUACCACAGCUGAUUCAAGCGAGGAAAUAAUAAGUGGCUUGAACAGUAAAACCGCGUCAAGAACACAUACAUAUACAGAAAGCAGUCCAUCUUCGUCGGAUGCAUUUUCAUCUGCGUCAAACACUGCACCAUCUGCGGAAACCGGUCCAGACGAUACUGCUCCUUCAGCAUCAGAUGCCAGCGAUGCCGCUCAUGCUUCAACGGAGAAAAAAGAGAAAAAGAACGACGAAAACUAUCACCGUGAAACAGGUGGCGAAAAAGAACAUUACUCGGAACAGGAUGACGUCCAUGAAGAACACGGGAAGAAAGCCUAUGAGGGCGUCCACAAAGAUAUCAAGGUCAAGAAAGGUCACCAUGACAAGGAGGACCAUCUAGAUAAGUAUGACGACCACGGUGGUAUCGACAAACAUCACCACAAAGAAGACGAUCACUACGGCUCCCACCACCACGAGGAACAUGGCAAGAAGCACGCCAAGUAUGAAGAAUCUGGCAAACAUUCAAAAGGGCACAGCACGAAAGGUAGCCAUGAUAUCCACAAAAAAGAUGAAUAUGAGAAGAAAGUAGAAUUCUUUGAAGAAGAAGGUGAUAUGGACGACGAAGAACACGACGGCGGCUAUCACAAGGACAAAGAACACUCAUCGGGAGGACACUUCAAGAAGGCAAAUCUGCAAGCUGUCCAUGAAGGAUUCGAUAAAGGCGAAAGAGGUCAUUUCAACAAAGGAGGACAUGUACAUUUCCACAAGGGUCAAAAAUCCUCGGGCGGUCAUGACUCACACCACAAGAACGGUAACAGUCACUUUAAGGCCGAAGGUCGCGAUCAUGGUAAAAAAUGGGUCUACCACCACGGCCACCCUGCCAAGACCGCUAACCUGGUCGUCAUAGACAGACGAGCGGACGCUUACCAGCACGGACCGCAAUAUUUUGGAUAA